AUGGAGUGGACUGCACUUCAGGAGGCUCAAGAAGUCGCAAAUGUUGAUGUGGCAUGGCACCUCAAGAAGCGUGCUGCACAGCUAUCCCUCAUGUGCUUUGAGUGGCAAUCAAGAGUACGUCCCAUACCCAGUGCAUGGGAAAUGCCUGAUAGUUGGGGACCAUCCUCCACUGAUAUUGCCCAUGCUGGACAUUCACUUUACCAUGCAAAAACUGUGCAGCCUGUGAAUGCUGACUCAGGGGAAUUGUCAGAGGAUGAGAGCAACAAUGAUGACAUCGAUGAGGGAGGAGUUGAUGAUGAGUUGAUGGUAGCAAUAGAGGAAGUUGCAUAUGCAAAUGAAUAUCGGAUUGUGGAAUCAGAUUCUGAAGGAGACCUAGAGUACUGGGAUGAAGUACAUGUGCCAUCUUCUCCGACCUUGUAUUAA